CCUAACUGCAUUAAAUCCAUUACUGAAAAACACAAUAAUCGGUUAACAGCAAAUUUAAGCAAAAUUUAACUGAGUAGUAAGAAACCCGACCUUAGCCAGAUAAAUUCAAACAGAUUGCGAAAAUGAGUGACGAAGAAAAUAUUGUUGUUGCAACAGCUAUUAGCGGGGAAGAUGAAACAUUAGGAAACAACAAAUCUAUCACCAACAACACUCCAAAUGAUGCCGCAAACACAAGAGAUAACAAUGAUGAAAGACCCUCAUGCAAAUUUGGAAGACAAUGCUUCAGACAAAAUCCAAGGCAUCGUUUAGAUAUGGCACAUCCAGGAGAUGUAGAUUAUACAGUACCGGAUAUGCCGGAACCCAUAGACGGUGCCUCUAAAUGCAAAUAUGGUCGACAAUGUUAUAGACUUAAUCCAGAACAUUUUAAAAACUUUCAACACCCUCGCAAUAUUAAUAUACAAGAAAACUACCGAAAAUACGUUCUACAACGUCAAGGAAAUAGGAGGAAUAGUGAUAGUAGUUUUGAUUAUAAUUUCAGUGAUGAUGAUGGAACCCAGGAUCCAUUUGGAGGAGAUUCUGGAUCAGAUUAUAAGCCAAGUGACGAUGAAGAUUAAAACUAUUUAUUUUUAUUAUUCCAUUGUUUGAUUUGUAAAAAGAAAGUGUUAACAUGUAGUAUUUUAAUAAAAACCUUCAUCUAUGUCA